AUCACGCAGUGGACGUAUACCGGAAAUGGUCAUACAGAGGAACUUGAAAGAUGGAGGCGGCUGUGUUCAUUUUCUCUCUCAUCGACUGCUGUGCAUUAAUCUUCCUUUCGGUCUACUUUAUCAUCACUCUUUCAGAUUUGGAAUGCGACUACAUCAAUGCACGAGCCUGUUGCUCGAAGUUGAAUAAAUGGGUCAUUCCGGAGCUGGUCGGCCAGACCUUGGCGACAGUGCUCAUGUUGGUCUCCAUGCACUGGUUCGUUUUCCUACUUAACCUGCCAGUAGCAUCCUGGAAUGUCUACAGGUUUCUGAAGGUCCCUAUGGGCAACAUGGGGGUCUUUGACCCAACGGAGAUUCACAAUCGUGGGCAGCUGAAGUCUCACAUGAAGGAGGCUAUGAUCAAGCUGGGCUUCCACCUGCUUUGUUUCUUCAUUUACCUGUACAGCAUGAUCCUGGCCUUGAUCAAUGACUGAUCCCCAUGACCUUUGACCCCCAACUUGCCAAAUCACAACCUCUCCUCCCUGCGCUGUAUUAGAUUGACGACAUCUGACAUCCUGGACAUCAGCACUCCAUCAUUUCUGCUGUGUAGCCGUCAGUCCAUCUCUCCUCUCCUUUCUACUGUUCUCAGAGAAUGCGUCAAUCAACUUAAUUAGAUGUGUUCUCCCUGACAUGUAUUUCUGAGUGUGUGUGUGUGUGUGUGUGUGUGUGUGAGAGUGUGAGAGACAAUGUGUGCGUGUAUAUGUGUGCGUCAUAUCAGUGUUGGUUUUACUAUUAGUCCACUAACUUGUUGCUGAAGCUGCAACCUCACACACACACACACACACACACACAUACACACAUACACACAUACACACAUACCACAGCUUCUCAGGGCCGUGGCAAAAUGACAAUCUACUCAUGGGUGCAUUUGAUUGGCCAACCCACCGCCUCCGAGCCAAUCAGAACACUAACACCAUCCCUCUGGAGCUGCCAGUAUUGUCCAUUACAUUCAGCUGCCCCCAGCUACCCUCAAGCUGGAAAACAACUCUUCGCUUAUGACUGCUGGAAUAUUCUUUUGUUUGUUUGUUUUGAUUGUUGUUGGUGACUUGAAAUGGGCGUGAAAUAUUAAACUAGCAACUUGCCAGCAAAGUUCAACAACUGGGAAUAUAUACUUUGUGGGUUUUGUGUAUGUUUGUUUGUUUGUUUUUGUAGCAUUUGCUAUGAAGCUGGCCUACCCACUGACCUAUUAAUUGUGCAUUUUAGCAGGGGAAGUGUAUUAAACUAAACUUAUGGGUUACUAUGUCGAUCCAAAGCUCUGUUAUCCUAUAGCUGAUGAAGCUGAUGUUGAAGGUGCUCUGUGUGUGUGUGUGUGUGUGUGUGUGUGUGUGUGUGUGUGUGUGAGAGAGUUAUUGUCAAA